CAAACCCCCCCUUCUCCUUUGGAUAUCAGCCGUGAUAAGCCUCUGCAACUCGUUGAACCUCUGCGCGACUGUUGUAAACUCUUUGUAGGCUCGCGAUACAGGCCAUUGUCGCACGGUGUGUGCCUUAUUUGGUGAUGCGCGUUUCCCGCGAAGUGAAUCUGCGCAACGGACGUGGAACAUGCGAGUUUUUUAUGACCGUUUGGAGGCCACCUCUUCACCUUAGUCUCGACGAUCUGGAUUGGGAGCUGUCGAAUAGGUACGAGUGUACUGGUGAACAUAUCGCGUUUAGGCUGAAGAAGGGACGAAACAAGCGAUCGUUCGUUUUAGUUUGAGCGACAGGUGGUCGCUCGACCAGUGCGUUAUCGUUCUGUUCGCUUAUGAACAAACAAUGGCGAGCUCCAAAGGCGUAGGCUUUUGGUGGCCCGACACUAGGAAGGUCUUUGUUUGAAGAUGGAGACUGGACGACGUAUUUGCGUUACAAACGGCCGUUCCUUUAGUGGAUAUGAUCGGAUCUCUGAUGGCAUCACACGGCUAUGCUGCUGCCCAGGCCAGAUGUGCUUCGCUGGUAAUGUCUACGUCGCGUCGGGAAUAUGCAUGGCUCCCUGCUGCCACACGCGGUUUGCGACUCCAACUGGCUAUUUGCGAGAACUAGACACGGGCGCCUUCGACAGAAUGCGACCAGGUUAGCAUCAAAGUGCCAUAUACCACAGCUGUGGUCGGGGCCUCAGCACGACCACCAGGCGAGUCGGAUCCGUUUUGUGUUUGAGAUGACGAUCUGUGAGGACGCUGAUGAAGAAUCGCCAGCGCCAGAGCAGUCUGGUCUUUGCGAAAAUAAGAGCCAGGUCAUAAACAAAUGCAGCGACUCGACACAGCCAAAACGGUGCGUCAAGAGCGAACGUCUGCUCAUUUCGAGAUGGAAGCGGUCUGACCGCUUUCCCGGAAAUGCUCCUCUCCAACCUACACCUGUCCUUAUACAGGAAACCCAUGGCAUAUCCUGUGUUGUGCAGGGAGGGCAUGUGUGCCUCAGAGAUGACUUGCGCGUGUCUUACUUGCUCGCUGCAGAUUGUGGACCCAAACUGAUCGCCGUCCCUUUCUUUUAUUGCCCCCCGGACUGGUCGUGGCCAGGAAGUACAGGCCAACAUUGUCGAGUUCUCAAGCGGGAUUCAGCGUCAGAGCUGGAGACACCGGCUCUUUGCUUAUAAGGCGGCCUCGCCUCCUCCCUUCCGGCAGAAGAUCCUGGCCAGAGAAAGCUGCUGCUUGUUCUCGAUCGUCGAGCCUGCUCGUUCCCAGUAUCCUUGAUUGCUUGCAUCUUACUCGAAGCAGUUCUUCAACAGACCAUUUUUCAUCCUUUAUCUUCUCCACCACCACCGUCGUUGCCAUCGUGGCCAUUGUCGCCAUCAGCCCUUCGUUCAGGCCUCAAAUCGUACCACGUGUCUUUUCUCGCGGCAGUGACGGCGUGGACUUGGAUCUGAAUCGACCUGCCGCUUUCCCCGGGGCAAUUGCAACAACAAGGACCGUCCCUGACGUGGGAGCAAGUACAUCUGAAGCCGGUGCCGCUCGUCGUCGCCGUCUCCGACCGCGGGGUUGACCUCACAACUGCGUCCGGGCAGUCGUCACCGCCCUCUUGGACGUCAACAAAUAAAUUCUUGGCUCGACCUCUGCUGCCUUGCUUUCCUCUCUUCCACUCUCGCUCAACAACAUCCCUCACCUUCAGCGACAUUCCUUUGUAGCUGUUCAAUACAAAAGCACUCCAGCCUCCUUCGCUCCCAGUCGCUGGUCCUUUCCUUGCAUCCUUCGCCGGCUUCGUCAGUCCUUUCAAGUGCUCUUGUCCUGAACUCACUAGACUCCAUAUAAUCUCAUUACCCGCAUCAGACCAUGAAGAUGGCGAGUAUCAACGUUUCAGACUACAGCGGUAAUCGCAAACAUGCCUUCAACAUCCCAGGCGCGGGUUACACCCUGCCAGGAGGUUACGGGCAGCAUGCUGCUUCUCAAGCUUCAGCUCUGCGUGCUGCUCCUUACCUUUCAGCGGGCAAUCCUCUCGUCCAGACUGGACACACAGACCCCGCGAGCAUUGCCGCUCUUGCACAAGGUUUCGGUGCGAUGAAUCUGACUGGCAACUUUGCAGCUAGCAGAGGGUCUGGCUCACACAUGUCCCCCACAGGCACUGAUUACUCCGUCAAUGGAUACGCGAAUCAGCCAGGUAUGUUUAUGGCCCAACAGCCCUUCCUUUUCAUGCCAAGCACUUCUGGAAACUCCGCCUCGGCCAACAUGUACACCUCUGUUCCAUCCCACAUGCACUCUUCUGGCUUCAGCAACAGCACGGACAACAGCCCCCAUGGACAGUCUUGGACCCCUCGUAUCCCGUCAGACGGCUCUUCUGGACCAGGAAUGCCGGCUCUAAUUACGCCUCGUCGGGGUUCUAUCUCAUCCAACGAGGAACAUGUUCCAGCUACUCCCUUUACUGUGCAAGGUAAUUACAACAACGGCGUAGCCGUGUUAGACCGCUCGCCAACGGCGAUGUACGGUCAGUCUGGCACUCCUUCACCCCUCCAGUUCAUUCAGCCGUUCUCGCCCAUGCACCAGAAGUUUCCUUUGACGGUAACAACUCCCGUUCACAUACAAAUGCUCGUCGCCCAGGAUCCUCCGAUCCCCAGGGCCAUACCAGCUCCCAGCUCACCGAUCAAGCCACUUGACCGCUGCCUCGAGAACAAGAACGGAGAGACCAAUGUCUAUAUUAGGGGACUGCUUCCAGAGACGACCGAUGAGAUGUUACACGUUUGGGGCCUUCGUUUUGGUGAUAUCCAGAGUUCGAAGUCCAUCAUCGAUCUGAAGACUGGCCUUUGUAAAGGUUUUGGCUUCAUCAAGUACCACAACUUUGACGAUGCUGAGUCGUGUAUUCGUGGCUUCCAUUUCCUAGGGUAUGAAGUCAGCUUCGCGCGAGAAUCAUUUUAUGCAAAGCUUAAGAAAUUUUCCGACGAGAGCAACACCAACCUCUACGUGUCCAACAUUCCUCGCAAUAUGAACGAGCAUGAACUUUCUCAAUGCUUUGCACCUUACAAGGUUUUGUCAUCUCGUAUCCUUCGCGAUGAUAGUGGUAAUGGUCGUGGCGUUGGUUUUGCUCGCUUCGAGAGUCGUGAAAUUUGCGAGGAAGUGAUGAAGAAGUUCAACAACACACCGGUUUCGAAGAAUGGCGGCGAGGAACAUGUUAUUCAGAUCCGAUACUCCGACACGCACGAACAGAAAAUGCUCAAACAACAGACUGCUGCAGCUCGCCAAUUCCGUGCCGCUGAAUUUGAGUAUGGCUGCCUUCAAACUGGUCGACAUGGCCCAGGCUUGCUCUCCAUGCCUGAUCGAGUUUCAAGCACAAGCCCAGCUCACACGACGAGUCCGUCUGCGUCAGAUGCUGCACCUACUUUUGAGCAGUAUCUUCAUCGAGCUGCCGCUCCCUACGUUGCUCCCGCUCUCAAUGGCCGCCAAGCUGCGAACUUCCCAAAUAGCCGUUCUCCCCUGUCCGCUAUCCCACCUGAAGCUGCUAGCGGCCGCCAAACUCCUCGCGUCAGCCUUCCAGCGUCUGAAGUGAAAAAUGAAGGCGGUGUUGCACUUGAUGGCGAAGAAAGCAAGCCUCGUCCUGCUUCUGUGCAUUCCACACGUAGCAGCCAGACUGGAAAUGCUGACGUUGCUGCUACCAAUGCUGCCGACCACAAAUAGAUGUACAACAUCGCCACUCACGCACUGUUUUCCACGAUCGGAUUGAACCAGACCUCUGUCACAUUUACCACGUUUCGAUACUUGGCUGUCGUUAAUCCCUCAAAACUUCGCCACGAAACACUAUUCGCAGCGUUGGACACAUCGAUCGACGAAACUGGGGGCAAGGAGAAUAUUAGCACCGGAUAUUCUUCAUGCCUGUUACUUAACAUAAUCAAUGGGCGAUAUGCUUCAUGGAGAAUUUUUGAUGGUUGCACUAAAAUGAAUGCCGAAAAAAAAAGCGAUUUUCAUCUCCUUUGGUGUCUUGCUGCACACAUACACGGCUCUAGCAAGUGCAGAUUUGACAGCAUGGAAUAAUAUGAAGACAUAUGUUCCGUCAUGACAUGUCACUGUCCACGCAGAGAAGGAUGAUAAAACAAUUAACGGGCCACACCCGUCUGCGUUUGUUGCUUUUUUUUAUUCCUGGCGCUGUGGGAGUUGUUUUUUUUUCACUUCUUUUUUUCCUAUUAUGGGGGAGUGAUGUGGAUGUAAUAAUCUGCGAGAACUGAGAGCAUGGCUUUCACGCAUGACACUCAUGAUACAUAUGACACGCAUGCACUUUCUUUUCGUCGUAGUAUAAUAAUAUGGCGGCCUCUACGGCCAUCAGUAAUACUUGCAAAAAUCUGGGCACAAAGUUCAGCGGCGCGCAACUAUAGGAAGAAAAACUCGGCUGACAAUGUGCCUUGGGUGGGUUAGGUACUUGAUAG